AGUUCAGCACCACACCCACCGGUGGUGGUUACUGCUGCUGCUCCUCGCUGUCCAUUGUUGCCGGAGCCGAGCAACAUUGUUGGUCCGCAACGACAAUGAUCAAGCUGAGGUGCUCCAAGAAGCUGUUCAGGAGGAGCUCCUCCAAGAGCAGCACGGCCAGCAGCAGCAGCGACGGCGGGGAUGUCGGCGGCAGCCGCGGAGAGAUCGAGUGGGAGGUGAGGCCCGGAGGGAUGCUGGUGCAGAAGAGGGACGGGAGGGGGGACGUGGAGGUGAUCACCGUCAGGGUGGCCACAGGGUUCUCUUGGCACGACGUCUCCAUCGGGGCUACCUGCACUUUUGGGGAGCUGAAGGUGGUGCUGUCCAUGGCGACAGGGCUGGAGCCUCGGGAGCAGAGGCUGCUGUUCAGGGGCAAGGAAAGGGAGGACGCCGACCAUCUCCACAUGAUCGGGGUGAGGGACAAGGACAAGGUGCUGCUGCUCGAGGACCCUGCCCUCAAGGACAUGAAGCUCCGGGCCGCAAGGGCGGCCCAAGCCAUGCAGAGCCCGUACCGGCCUUUCAUCAAGGUGUAGGCUGGCCCGGUCCAACACUGUGCUAACCUUUUGAUAUCGACCGUGUACCAUUUGGAGGCAUGCUCAAAGAGAGCAUGCCUAGUGGGGGCAUACGCCUUUCCUCUCAGAUUCUGGGUUUCAGUAGACUUGAUCAGUAUUCUAAGAAGCUACAAACUUUGAUAAGUUUUGGGUUAGGUCUGCCUUUGAUCAGCAGUCUAUCAGGGCUUCUGACUGAGACAAGCUGAUGAGUCUCCGGAGCAGUGCAGGGGAGGGUUAUGUUGGAAACUUGAUCAUGCAUGUAGCAGUGUACUCUACUCCAAAUCCCACUACUAAUUGCUAAGUAACACUUCAUGGAGAGCCAAAGUACCCUUUCAUGUGAGAGUCAAGAGUAACCCUGGCAGCAAUAUUUUAGAUGGGUAAGUACAUGGGUGUGCUUGUGUCAGUGACUCAGUGUAGCUAGUUGCACUUGUACGUGCCGAGAGUUUUAAGAUUGUGUCUGCGACUUGAACGGUGGAGCUUGGACAUUGUUGUUUCAGAGCAUUAUAUUAACUUGUUGUU